CGUUUCAAAAUUCAAAAUAUAUAUAUAGGGAGUAUUUAAAAAUGAAAUCAAAAGUGUGAUAAAAUUUGAUUUUGAGUGAGAAAAAUUUGAACUUGGAGUACCUGAUUGAGCUAAUUCCAGAUCGGGCCGAAGGAUGGAAGCUUGUGGGUAAAUAUGGCGUCAUCGGCAUCAACUGGCAAUUCAAUGAAUAGAAUCGAGAGAGCUCACCAGAUGUACAGAGAGGGGAAGUACGAGGAAGCGCUGGAGUUUUAUACAGAUGCGCUUUCUCUGGCCAAGACCAAACCCCAGAAGAUCGCCCUCCACAGUAAUCGAGCCGCUUGUUUCCUGAAACUUCUCCUUUUCAACAAGGCUGCAGAGGAAUGUACCUCAGUCCUUGAGCUUGAUCAUAAACACACGGGAGCAUUGAUGUUGCGUGCUCAAACCUUAGUCACUCUCAAGGAGUAUCACUCGGCACUUUUUGAUGUUAACAGGCUCAUUGAACUGAAUCCAUCAUCAGAAGUAUAUCAGAACCUUCAUGCUCGUUUGAAGACACAGCUGUCGCUUGCUCCAAUACCUGAAUCCGAAGCAGAGCUUGAAGAAGAUGAAGAUGGAGAGCUUAGUGAUAAUGAUGGUGAAUGUAACAUGGAUGAUGAUUUUAGAAAAACAACGCCAGACACUCCCGCAAAUGAAGUUUCAUCUCAUGCUCGAAACCUUGAGAAACCAGAUGGACAACGUGCAGGAUGGCAAGCCAUCCCACAGCCAAAAGGACACUCGCGUCUUGACUACUCUCGCUGGGACAGGGUUGAAGAAGAGUCAAGUGAAGAAGAAGAGGAUGAUGAUGAAGAAUCUGAUGAACGUAAUCCUCAGUAUCGGUUCAAAGUGAAAACCGUUGGCGUGCGAGCUGUUAAAUGACAAGGUAAAAACAAUUCUGCAUGCAAGUUACCAUUUUAGAUUUUUUUUUUUAUCUACUACGCUUCGGUGUUGUAGUCUUUGACUGGUGACAAUAUCUGUUGAGCCUGCUGAAAACAUUUCUUCGAGGUUCCAUUUUUUAAUUCAUCAUCGGUUUUCGGAAAUGGCAAAAAACCAAAACCAAUGCCCAUUUCGUAUAUAUACACAGUUUUAUACAGUAUUAUUUUGUUUUUAUCUAUACAGUGUUGUUUGCUGCUGUCUCAUGUUAUGUACCUGUAUACAGCGGUGGAUGAUGAUAGUUUUAUUUUUAUAUUCCUUUUGAUGUAAUUAUAUUUUACUUGGAUGCACUCUUUGUUUCUUAUUCAUAUAAAGUUGUCGAUCCUUUCUUAGUUAAAUACAUUCUUGUUGAUUUG